AUGGCCAACGUUCCGAAGAAUGUUCUAGAAGGUUUACAAAGGGGUCGAUGUCGCCGCUCUAUGGAUUUUCCGAAGUCAUACCAGCCGGAGACCGAGAGAAGAGCAGACGUGUUACAAUUAGCUCAUUGGACUAUUUAAAAAUAUCUAAAAUAAGAUAAAAUGGCAAAGGCACCAGCUGUCGGUAUUGAUCUGGGAACCACCUACUCCUGCGUGGGUGUGUUCCAGCAUGGCAAGGUGGAGAUCAUCGCCAACGACCAGGGCAACCGCACCACGCCCUCCUACGUCGCCUUCACAGACACCGAGCGUCUGAUUGGUGACGCCGCCAAGAACCAGGUGGCGAUGAACCCCAACAACACUGUAUUCGACGCCAAGCGACUCAUCGGCCGCAAAUUCGAAGACCACACAGUCCAGAGCGACAUGAAGCAUUGGCCCUUCACCAUCAUCAACGAGAGCACAAAGCCAAAGAUCCAGGUAGAGUACAAGGGAGACAAGAAGACCUUUUACCCAGAAGAGAUCUCCUCGAUGGUGCUCAUCAAAAUGAAGGAGACCGCCGAGGCUUACCUGGGAUCAACAGUGAAGGACGCUGUAGUCACUGUCCCUGCUUACUUCAACGAUUCUCAGCGCCAGGCCACCAAGGACGCUGGAACCAUCUCGGGUCUUAAUGUGCUGCGUAUCAUUAACGAACCCACCGCUGCUGCCAUCGCUUACGGCCUCGACAAAAAGGUCGGCGGUGAGCGCAAUGUCUUGAUCUUCGAUCUUGGCGGUGGUACCUUCGAUGUGUCCAUCCUUACCAUCGAGGAUGGUAUCUUCGAGGUCAAGUCAACAGCUGGUGACACUCACUUGGGCGGUGAAGACUUCGACAACCGCAUGGUGAACCACUUCAUCCAGGAAUUCAAGCGCAAGUACAAGAAGGACCCAAGUGAGAACAAGCGCUCCCUGCGUCGCCUGCGUACCGCCUGUGAGCGUGCGAAGCGCACCCUGUCUUCCUCGACACAGGCCAGUGUGGAGAUCGACUCCCUCUUCGAAGGUAUCGAUUUCUACACCUCCAUCACUCGUGCUCGCUUCGAGGAGCUGUGCGCCGAUCUGUUCCGUGGCACCUUGGAGCCCGUAGAGAAGUCCCUCCGUGAUGCCAAGAUGGACAAGGCCCAGAUCCACGACAUCGUCCUUGUCGGAGGAUCCACCCGUAUCCCUAAGAUCCAGAAGCUCCUGCAGGACUUCUUCAACGGCAAGGAGCUGAACAAGUCCAUCAACCCCGAUGAGGCUGUGGCCUACGGUGCCGCUGUCCAGGCCGCCAUUCUGUGCGGUGACAAGUCCGAGGCUGUGCAGGACCUGUUGCUGUUGGAUGUGACCCCCUUGUCCCUGGGUAUCGAGACUGCCGGCGGUGUGAUGACUGCGCUCAUCAAGCGUAACACCACCAUCCCCACCAAGCAGACUCAGACCUUCACCACCUACUCUGACAACCAGCCAGGUGUGCUUAUUCAGGUGUACGAGGGAGAGCGUGCCAUGACCAAGGACAACAACCUCCUGGGUAAGUUCGAGCUGAGUGGCAUCCCACCUGCUCCCCGUGGCGUGCCUCAGAUCGAGGUCACCUUCGACAUCGACGCCAACGGUAUCCUGAACGUAUCCGCCGUGGACAAGUCUACUGGCAAGGAGAACAAGAUUACCAUCACCAACGACAAGGGUCGCCUCUCCAAGGAGGAGAUCGAGCGCAUGGUGCAGGACGCCGAGAAGUACAAGGCUGACGAUGAGAAGCAGAGGGACCGUAUUUCUGCCAAGAACUCCCUGGAGUCUUACUGCUUCAACAUGAAGUCAACAGUUGAGGACGAGAAGUUCAAGGAGAAGAUUUCUGAAGAGGACCGCAACAAGAUUUUGGAGACCUGCAACGAGACUAUCAAGUGGCUGGACAUGAACCAGCUUGGCGAGAAGGAAGAGUAUGAGCACAAGCAGAAGGAGAUCGAGCAGGUGUGCAACCCCAUCAUUACCAAGAUGUACGCUGCUGCUGGUGGUGCUCCUCCAGGUGGCAUGCCCGGCGGCUUCCCAGGUGGUGCCCCAGGUGCUGGCGGUGCUGCCCCUGGUGCUGGUGGUUCCUCCGGACCCACCAUCGAGGAAGUCGAUUAAACGAUUCCUCCACGUCUACUAGUCUCAUUGUGAAUUGUCCAUGCAAAUCGACCCAUCGUAGAUCAUUCCGCAUUUUAUUUAUGAUGUUGGUGGCAUGUGCCAUUGGCAGACUUCACAUUUGCAAGUUUUCAGUAAACCAUUCCAGAAAUCUGUAAAACGAAUAAAAAAAAACAGGAAACCGAA